AUGUCAAAGAUCGUACGUUCAGGCACCGAGUUAAUGGUUUGCGAGACGGAUAUCUUGCAACGGUCGCUUGAAACGGUGAAUGGAAUGGUUAGUCACAUGUCACGUCCAAUAGAGAAUUAUUCCGGAAUGCGUGCAAGAUUCUGCGAUAUCAUUG